AUGUCCGUGAGAAGCUUACGGUUGGAGAGGUGGAGUGGACAGUUAUUGUCGGCACCAAGGACGAGGACGAGAAGUAGAGCUCCUUGCUGUUUACGGCAGGGGCAACAAUGUUUGUCGGGGAGUAAUACAAGGUCGUUUUCUGCAUCUGCGGUGUCAAGGAAUCCGAGGAUAGAGAAGGAGUUUGUUGAUGAAGAUGGAGACGGAAUUGGACUCUUCGAAGCACCAACCCAUCCCGUACAACAGGAAUAUCCAUCACCAUCCCCUAGAGCAGCAUUAAGAUCCAGCAAACUGGCAGCUUUACAUGCUCGUCUCGGAUUACCGCAGAAGCUCCCAUUGCAGACAGUAGCGCGGACACUCGUUGACCCUUCUGCGGAUUCGAAUGUAGAUUUCAACAAUGCUUCGCUGGCCCAGCUGGGCGGUUCUAUAAUGUCAUAUCACGUCUCAGAAUGGCUUCUUGUCACAUAUCCACGAUUACCGAUGUCCGUUUUAUUCGCCGCGGCAUACGCAUAUAACGGUCCAAAGACUCUCCAGCUUGUAGCGAAGGAAUGGGGUGUCGACACAGCAGCUGCCCCUGGAAGAGAAGUCGAUCCUGGGUAUCUUCAAUUCGAAAAGCUCGCACCAGGCACAGAUUACGCCGCCAUAAAGGCCGCAGGAGGUAGUUCACGGCCCGACAAGUUCAAUUUCUUCAGACGAGGAAUGAGCAGUCGAGUCGUCUACGACGAUGAAUUCGGAGACACAAUUCCAAAAAAGAACGAGAGUGCCCUACCUAUACCCACCGAAAGCGCCUACGCCGGCUUCGUCAAAGCCCUGAUCGGCUCAAUACACCUCCACGCCGGCCGCGAAGCCGCCAAAGUCUUCGUAAAAGAACACAUUCUCUCCCGCCAGCUCGCCAUCGACACGCUUUUCCAAUUCAAGGAACCCAUCCGCGAACUCUCGCGUCUCUGCGCGCGCGAAGGCUUCGAACAUCCCAUGGCUCGCAUCCUCAGUGAAACAGGUCGAUUGAGCAGACAUCCCGUCUUCAACGUGGGUAUCUUCAGCGGCAAGGAUAAAUUGGGCGAGGGCUCCGGCGCGAGUCUCCAGGAGGCGAGGACGCGUGCGGCGGUCAUGAGUUUGAAGAGUUGGUAUCUGUAUAGUCCGGGGAAAAACGAGCGGGUGCCGAGUGAUAUGGAGGCGCCGGGUGAGAAGGCGGCGUGGGAACCUGUGCAUAUUGAUAUUGGUGAGGUUAUACACUAG